CGCAGUCAGUUGGUGACGCUGUACGUCUCUUUGUUGGCUCAGCAGCAGCGUCCGAACUGUUGUUAUUUUCUCUGCAGCUAAAAAGAAAAUCAGGAAUGCUAAGAGGCUAAUCCGCUUUCUUCCAGGUUGUCAUUUAAAAUAAAAAUAAAAAAACACAACAAAAACAAAUCGCAGUUUAUAAUCAGGCACACGUAUAUACCCUGGCUUGUCACGACCCAACGUCGAUCUAGUAAUGGACUCGGACGAGGGUUACAAUUAUGAAUACGACGACGAGGAAGAGGAGUGCAGCGAGGACAGCGCUGAAGAGGAAGCCGAGGACGACACCCUGGAGCUCGGCGAUGUGGAGCUGGUCGAUCCCGUGGUGCCCGGCGGCGACCGAGACGAGUGCGGGGAGACCGGCGGUAGCGGCCUCGGACACGACGAGGAGGACUACCGCUUUGAAGUUCUCACCGCCGAGCAGAUCCUCCAGCAUAUGGUCGAGUGCAUCAGGGAGGUCAACGAGGUCAUCCAGAAUCCUGCAACGAUUACAAGAAUACUGCUUAGUCAUUUCAACUGGGACAAGGAAAAGCUCAUGGAAAGGUACUUUGAUGGUAACCUGGAUAAGCUGUUUUCCGAGUGUCAUGUCAUAAACCCUAGUAAAAAAUCCAGGAUGCGCCUCAUGAAUACACGAUCGUCAGCUCAGGAUAUGCCAUGUCAGAUCUGCUAUCUCAACUACCCUAAUUCGUACUUCACUGGUUUGGAAUGUGGGCACAAGUUCUGCAUGCAGUGCUGGGGCGACUAUUUAACCACCAAAAUCAUAGAAGAAGGAAUGGGCCAGACCAUUUCCUGUCCUGCACAUAGUUGUGAUAUCCUGGUCGAUGACAACACAGUUAUGCGACUGAUAACAGAUUCGAAAGUGAAGUUGAAGUACCAACAUUUAAUAACUAAUAGUUUUGUAGAGUGCAAUCGACUGUUAAAAUGGUGUCCCGCUCCGGACUGCCAUCAUGUAGUCAAAGUCCAGUACCCCGAUGCCAAACCUGUUCGCUGCAAGUGUGGCCGGCAGUUCUGCUUCAACUGUGGUGAGAACUGGCAUGACCCAGUAAAGUGUAAGUGGUUGAGAAAAUGGAUUAAAAAGUGUGACGACGACAGUGAAACAUCCAAUUGGAUUGCAGCAAACACUAAGGAAUGUCCUAAAUGCCAUGUGACCAUAGAGAAGGAUGGUGGCUGCAACCACAUGGUGUGUCGGAACCAGAACUGCAAAGCGGAGUUCUGCUGGGUCUGCUUAGGCCCGUGGGAACCCCACGGAUCAGCCUGGUAUAAUUGCAAUCGCUACAAUGAAGAUGAUGCCAAGGCAGCUAGAGAUGCACAAGAGCGCUCCAGAGCAGCCUUGCAGAGGUACCUAUUUUACUGCAACCGCUACAUGAACCACAUGCAGAGCCUGCGCUUCGAACACAAGCUGUACGCGCAGGUCAAGCAGAAGAUGGAGGAGAUGCAGCAGCAUAAUAUGUCAUGGAUUGAGGUGCAGUUCCUGAAGAAGGCUGUGGACGUGCUGUGCCAGUGCCGCUCCACACUCAUGUUCACCUACGUCUUUGCCUUCUACCUCAAGAAGAACAACCAGUCCAUUAUUUUUGAGAACAACCAGGCUGAUCUAGAGAAUGCCACAGAGGUGUUGUCUGGAUACCUAGAACGAGACAUUUCCCAAGAUUCACUGCAGGACAUCAAGCAGAAAGUGCAAGACAAAUACAGAUACUGUGAGAGCCGACGGAGAGUUCUGCUGCAGCAUGUGCACGAAGGCUAUGAAAAAGACCUGUGGGAGUACAUCGAGGAUUGAGGCAGCGUCCUCCUACUACAGACUCUCGGAGAGUGCCUCCACCAACUAGAGCGCUGAUGCAACUGAACCGGGGCAGCACAAGCCUCAAGCUGCUGCCCUAUUCCCUACCGCCAUCCCAUCAUCCCGCCCACCUCAUUUUCUCUUUCCCCCCGGUGGCUUUUUGGUUUUCAUACUGAAAAUAAAUUAUAUUUAAAUGAAAAAGGAAUAUUCGAAAUAAAAUAAUGUGUACAGCAGUAUUGUUAACAGUGAACAAGCGUGGAGACUGAGAUUCAAGAAAAGCAAGUGGAUGGUUUAAAAAAGAAAAGAAAGAAAAAAAAAAAAGAAAAAAACUUGUCCAGGCUGGUGUUGUAACACUUCUUCCCCAUCAUCUAUUACCUUUUUCAUGGAUGUUUUUAGUUCAUUUUAUUUUAUUUUGGCCUGUUUGUUAGUUUGCAGGCAGUGGACUUUUUUCAUAAUGGCUUUAAUUGUCCUGAUCAUGUCCUCUUGCAUGGUCAGGUCCAUGUCUGGGUUGCUGAAUGUUUGCUCAAAAAAAAAAAAAAAAAAAAAUCAAAUUGGUAUUUUUCAAUUUGUACAUAAUGCAUAUGCAUGGGCGUUAAAGAGCAGGAGUGGCACGUGUUUGCAUACUUUUUAAAUUUAAGGAAAUAUUUAUUCUUUUUGAAUAUUAAGGGAAAAAACCCAGAUGUAUAUUUGCUGUGUAGAUUGAGUAUCUCUCCCUGCCCUCGUUUGUCCUUCUUCCGACGUGUUUCGGACGUUGGAUGCUUAACCCAAAACAGGAGUCCAAAUCUCUCGAUCCUUAUCACUCCGUCAAACUGGAGCAUGUCUGUAAUAGACUAAAGACUGAACUCUGCCAAAAGAAAAGGAAAAAAAAAAACAAAGCAGUAUGCCAAGGAGGAACAUUUAGUUUGCUGCAAGUCUAAUUAGCUGAAAGCAACAAGAGCUCACCAUCAUGAAGAGACCAAGAAUAGAACGCUAUCGUUUUGACAUAAUCCUUACAGAUAGUUGUAAGACACAGGAAGACCGUGGAAACACAUGCUAGCCAACAAGAAUAUGGCACGCAACCGGGCUCACGGGUUUGUGUAUCUCCCCCCCAAGCAAAUAGAUUUUGAACUGUGAUCUCAUUUUAAAGUGAUAACUUUUGGGAGCCAAACUGAGUGACAUUCACUCAUUUUAUAUAUAUAUAUAUAUAUAUAUAUAUAUAUAUAUAUAUAUAUAUAUAUAUAUAUAUAUAUAUAUAUAUAUAUAUAUAUAUAUAUAUAUAUACACACACAUACAUACAUACACACGCAUACACACGUGUGUGUGUGUGUGUAUGUAUAUUUAUAUACAGUGCCCUCCACUAAUAUUAGCACCCAUGGUAAAUAUGAGCAAAGAAGUCUGUGAAAAUUGUCUUUAUUGUUUAAACUUUUGAUCUUUUGUUCAAAACAUUCACAAAAAUACUCUGCUCUCAUGCAUAUUAAACAAUUGCAAGCAAACUACAGGUUUAUAUAUAUAAAAACGUUAAAUAUAGGUGUGCAACAAUUAUUGGCACUCUUAUGAGAAAAAUAUAUUAGAAAUGUAUUCCUAUUGAUAUUUUACAUUUUUUAAGUACACCUAGGUGACUAGGAACAGGAAAUUGUUCAACCGUGACUUCCUGUUUGACAGGGGGUAUAAAUAUGAGGUAACACAUGAGCCAAAUUCCCUUAGUCAUUCGUAACAAUGGAUAAGACCAAGUUGAGCUUCACAAAAUGGGAUGUGGCUGUAAGAAAAUAGCACAAGCAUUGAAAAUGCCCAUUUCCACCAGCAGAGCAAUAAUUAAGACGUUCCAGUCAACUGGAAAUGUUAUGAAUCAACCUGGAAUUGGAGGCAUGUCUAUAUUGUCUCAAUACACUGUGGUUCGAGUGGCCAAAAAAUCUCCAAGGAUCACAGCUGGAGAAUUGCAGAAGUUAGUUGCGUCUUGGGGUCAGAAAGUCUCCAAAACUACAAUCCGAAGUCACCUACAUCUCCACAAGUUGUUUGGAAGCGUUUCAAGAAAAAAGCCUCUACUCUCAUCCAAAACAAACUCAAGCAUCUUCAGUUUGCCAGACACUACUGGAACUUCAAAUUGGAUUGGGUUCUAUGGUCAGGUGAAACUAAAAUAGAGCUUUUUGGCAAUAAACACCAGAGGUGGUUUUGGCACACACAGAGAGGUAGCCGUAUGGAAAAGUACCUCAUGCACAUGGUUUAAUAUGGUGGUGGCUCUUUUAUGUUUUGGGUCUGUUUAUCUGCCAGAGGACCUGGACAUUUUGUUAGGAUACAUGGCAUCAUGGACUCUAUCAAAUAUCAUCAGAUUAUUUAAUGAAAACCAGCCUAGUUGGGUCUUCCAGCAGGACAACGAUCCAAAACAUACAUCAAAAUCAACACAAAAAUGGUUUACUAACCUCAGAGGUCUCAGAUCCCUUGCCAUGUAUUCUCCAACCUCAUCAGGCAUUAUAGGAGAGGACUCAGAGCUGUUAUCUUGGCAAAGGGAGGUAGCAAAUAAUUGUUGCAUACCUAUAUUUAACAAAGUUUUUUUUAUAUAUAUAAACCUAUGUUGUGUUUGCAAUUGUUUGAUAUCCAUGAGUAUUUUGUAAAAAAAAAAAAAAAAAAAAAAAUUAACAAAAGAUCAAAAUGUUAAACAAUAGAAAAUUUUUCACAGCCUUCUUUGCUCAUAUUUACCAAGGGUGCCAAUAUUAUUGGAGGGCACUGUAUGUGUGUGUGUGUGUGUGUGUAUAUAUAUAUAUAUAUAUAUAUAUAUAUAUAUAUAUAUAUAUACACACACACACACACACACACACACACACACACACACACAUCUUUCUCUCUCUCUCGUAAGGUUCCUUUUCUUCCCAAAAAAUAUUUCUUUGGUGCACUUGUGGAGCAGGUUUGAAGGCAUUGACAUGUAUGGUUGGAAUGUUCAGUUAAUAGCAUUAGUGAAAGCAAGCUGUCUGCAUUGAGCCAAUGUCAAGCACAUGUGUAUAUUGAACCAUGCAGAUCUGGUAGUCGGUCAUCUCUUGUUUUGCUGUGAAAUUUCAUGUGCUUUUAAUCAUGUUUAGCUCAGGGGUCAUGUGUAUUAAAGAUUCUCAUUGUACAAGUGCUGAUCUUUUCCCCCUUUUUAACAAGUUGCGCUGAUUUGUUUUUAUUAUUAGUACUUUACCCUGAGGCGCCUUUAUACACAUGAGGACGUGUCACUUGGAAUGAAUUUCAUCAAGAGCUCUAGUAGUCUGGUAGCAGAGCAUUCUAUUAGCAGAUAUGGUUGAGCCUACAUGUUGUCAUGGAUGGAGUUGUAUGUUUGUAUUAACACGUGUUAAGAUUCCGAGAACAACAUGCCAUAGUGUUGAUUGCUUUGCAUAUAGUGUGUGCGCGCGUGUGGGUUUCAGUGUCUAGCUGGUAUCUGGGUGGAUUGAGGCAAGGCAUCCGUGCACACAGCGCCAGUGCAGAUGAGCUCAUGAUGUGCUCAGUGUCCAUCUAGGAAAUGGACUGGACAGAAGGGGAGUGCAUUACAAAAUGUUAUUAAAACUGUCUUUAAAAGGCAUUCUCUCGCUUAAAUUACACGUGUGUGUGUGUGUGUGUGUGUGUGGGCUGGGGGUGGUGUCAGUAGAGCUCUCCAUCAGCAAGGUGUUCUAUAUGCAUCUGAAAUACACAGAAGGCCGAGAGCAGUGAAGGGUCUUCCACGUAAACAUUGCUAAUUUGAUUACUAAACUGUUUGUAUCACUACUGAUUGGAUUUAGUCAAAACUUUCCUCAGUCACUGUGGUUCUCUUCACAUCUGGAAGUGGAGUUUGUGGAACUGGCCAGUGAUCACAAGGCUGCUUCUUUUCUGCAGAUCAUCAUGGACGUUACUGCGUCUGUCAGACCAGUUGCUUCUCAACGAUCUCAGUAUAUUCAGUCUUGUCUCAUGGUCCGCCCAGAUCCCAGUGUAAUAUUCACCGUAACAAAAUAAGCAGCUACUUUCAUUUGGUUCAGACGUCAAAAAAAAGAGAAAGUUUUAAUACUUUUCUACAUAUCUUUAUGCUAUUCAAAUGUUUGGUUUCUUAUAUACAUAGUGUAAAAUGUGAAAUAAAUUAGUUGUCUGUUUUGGAGAAAAUGAAUAUUAAAAGUGCAAAAUGUUGCAAGAUUUUUUUUUUA